AUGGCAACGACAACACCCUCCAAUGUCAUCAUAAUCCAUCCCGACCUCGGCAUCGGCGGCGCCGAACGCCUCAUCAUCGACGUCGCGCUCGCCCUGCAGAACCGCGGCCACCAGGUCACAAUCUACACAUCACACCGCGACAAAUCGCAUUGUUUCGAAGAAGCGCGCGAUGGAACGCUGGACGUGCGCGUGCGCGGCAACACAGUGUUUCCCGCGCUGUUUUGCGGCAGGUUUCAUUUGUUGAUGGCCAUGUUGAGACAGUUGCAUCUUACAGCGUCGGUUUUGAGUGAGAUGGGCAGGACGGGGAAAAAAGACACAACAACAACGGCGACCACGAGCAAGGAGGAGUUUCGGGAUGACAUUUUUAUUAUUGACCAGUUGCCUGCGUGCGUGCCGAUUCUGAAAUGGUUCGGCGAGCGGUUCGCUGCGCUGAGCAGCAGCAGCACGAAAAACAAACAGCGUAUUCUGUUCUACUGCCAUUUCCCGGAUCAGUUGCUGGCGCGCCGAAACGAGGGUGGCUCGGCGCUGCGUCUGCUCAAGGGCGCCUAUCGGUAUCCGCUGGAUUGGUUUGAGGGAUGGGCGAUGAGUGCGUCGGAUAAGGUUGUUGCGAAUUCGAAUUUUACAAAGGGGGUUGUGAGGAAUGUCUUUGGGUCGGAGAGGCUGGGCGAUGUCAGUGUUGUGUAUCCGUGUGUUGAUACGAAGGAGUCGAGUGAGGGGAAACAAGAGGAACAUGUCGACGAGGGGAAUGGUUUAUGGGGCGGGAAGAAGAUUCUUCUGAGUAUCAAUCGCUUCGAGAGGAAAAAGGGCAUUGACCUUGCUAUUCGCGCGUAUAAUGGGCUGUCUGCUCAGGAUCGGACGGGCACGAGGUUGGUGAUAGCAGGUGGCUACGAUAACCGCGUGCAAGAAAACGUGCAAUACCACAAAGAACUCAACGAGCUGGCCCUCGGCUUUGGACUGCAAACCGUCACUACCAAAACCGUCAUCUCUGCGCUCUCGAUACCCGAUUCCAUUGAUGUGCUUUUCCUUCUCUCUGUGCCUAGCGCUUUCAGAGAUACUCUGCUUCACCACUCGAAACUCUUACUCUACACACCUGUUAAUGAACAUUUUGGCAUCGUCCCCGUCGAAGCCAUGCACGCCGGUCUGCCCGUGCUCGCGUCGAAUACGGGUGGUCCGCUAGAGAGCAUUAUCGAGGACAAGACGGGUUGGCUGCGCGACACGAAAAAUGUUGAUGAAUGGACGGCCAUUAUGCGCAGGGUUCUGGUUGAUUUGACCGACGCCGACUUGCAGGACAUGGCGCGGAAUGGGGUUGACAGAGUUGAGAGUGAAUUCUCGCUACGCGCGUUGGAGGAUAAGCUCGAGGGUGAGGUUCAGGGCAUGCUGGGUGUCGCCAGGCGUCCGUUUGUGGAUGUGCAGCAGGUGCUUGUUAUUUUCCUUUUUUCGGGGAUUAUUGGUGCUGUUGCUGUGGCGUUGGUUUUGCGGAGUUUGAGGAAUGUGUAA